AUGACUACUCGGGAUGUCAAAGAUUUUGCACAAUCGUUUUUGGGGAAAUUGGGACUAGCGGAUGCGAAAGCAAGGUUUGUCUAAAAACAUUUUCAGAUUGUUUUUAAAUAUAAUUUUUCAGUGAGACAACUUCUGCAACAGAUAUUCCUGUCGAGGUUUGGCCAAACAUAUUUUUGUAUCUUGAUGUAAAAUCGCUGCAAAAUUGCGGAAAAGUUUGUCGAACUUUCCGCCAAAUCACCAAAAAUGAAUCAUUUUGGAUUAAAAGAAGUAAAAUGGAUGGAAAAAAGAUUCCUUCGCAAAAAUGGAGACAUGCAGCACAUAAUAAUCGAUUUGAGGGGGAUGAAGUUUCGAAAGAAGAAUCCGAAAGUUUUCAAUUUGACUACAGGAAAAUUGUAUUAUCGAAAAGGAAUUAUUUUAAUUUGUAUAUUCCAUAUGAAAUUGAGCAUGAUAUGAAUAUCCAACAACAUUCUGAUAAAUAUAAAUUUCGGUAUAAUCGUGGCGGAGAUGGGUUAGUUGUUUUUUUUUCAAAUCACCCCAUAACUUUAUGUAUGUAUAGAUUAUUUCAGAAUUGCUAUUCAAAAUAAUUGUGAUGGUUGUGAACCCGAUGAAAGUGUCACUAAUUGUUUCGCAUUUUCAUAUCGUGAAUCAUGUAUAAUGGUGGAUAUAAAUCUUGUUGAAUUUGGUAUCGAAGUAAGUUCAUUAUUACUUUUUUUUUCAAAAACAGUUUUUCUUCAGCCAUGGGUUCUCGAUUAUGUUCGACCAAAAAUCCGUGUCACUCAAAAAGUGAAUCAUCGACAUGAUUGUGGUGCUGUUGUAGCAUUGGCUGUACAAAUGGGUAGACUCCCGAAGCCUCCAACAAACGUGCCGUUACAUUAUAAUGAUCGGGAUGUGCCGGAGGAUAAAAGUUUUGGUAUUAGUAGAAAAGAGUGGGAACAAUGGUCUGGUAGGUUUUCUCUUUCUUUAUGUUGAAUUUUCUUUGUAAUUUCUAAAUUUUAGGAGCGGAUUGGGAAGAUUUGGUUGUUGAAAUGGAUGAAUAUCCAUCGAGAAUGCGACAUUUGACAGUUAUAACUUCUGGAAGAGACAAUCAAUUUUGGAAAGGUUUUUAUGGUCCGAAAAUUGCAAAUCUUCAAAUCCAGAUUAUUCUACCUAAUGAACCUAUUUUACGCAGCUUGAGAGAACCAUUAGAAUGCGAGGAGAGAGAAAUUGAAAGAAGAGAGCGAGAAGAGCGAAAUAGACCAUUUCAUAGACAUCUUUUUAAUCGAUGGUUUAACAGGGAUUCCUAAAUUCUGAUGUGUAACUUCUGAUGUAAAUAUUGUUUAAUGUUAUCCGAAUGUUUUGUGUAUUUUUUAAUAAACAUGUAUAUUUAUUUCACAUGAAAAUUUUGAUAGAUUUCAUCCAAAAAUAUGAAUGAUGGAAUGUCUUUCAGCAAAAAAAAAUCAGAAAAAAGAUUGAAAACAAGUCUUUGAAAACAGACAGGAAUGAAAUAAUUCAAACUCCCUCCUUGUGCGCAUUUCUCGAAGUGCGUCAAUGAAGAGCAUUGAAAAAAUACAAAAUUAAUUUGAAAGUCCCAAAAUCUUCCAUUUUCCAGCAUUUGCAAAACAUUGUUGAAGGUUAGUUUUUCUCCAAGUUUCGUUAAAAACUAAAUUUCCACGAAACGUGUGAAUGUGGCUUUUUCUUCUCAAGAAAAUCAAUAUUUUUCAGAUGCGAAUUCAGCAUUUUCAAUUCGACUACAUUUUCGAAACGGAUUACGAGAAUCUCAACCGAAAUUUCAUGUUUGGACAAGAAACUGAUGUUGGUGCCUUCAAAUUGUAAGUUUUAUAAACGCUUGACAUCUUUCUUUGAAAAUAACUAAUUUUCAGUGCUGCGGGAUUGAGACGGAAACACGAAAAGCUCCAAAUAGCUACACAGCUCCGAAAUCCAGGUGGCGGAAUUUAUUCGUCCGAAGUUGGUGGAAUUUACCGAUUGGAAAAUCGAAAAAAUUGGAAACUGGCUGAGCAAGGAAAGUUGUCCCGUGUUUUUCUGACGGAACCACUUUUACAACAACCAACGCCGACAGAAUUUUUGAGACCGAUACACGAACUUGAUCGAGACGGUUUUUUUUUCCGAAAAAAGAUAAUAAUCCAAUGUAUGAUUCGUUUGAUGAUUUGUGAAUAUGACGACGAUUUAACGGAAAACUUGUCAACUGUUAGAGUAUCGGAUAACACCGAAAUUCGAGUUCCAAAAACGGUUAGCUUUAAAUAUAUGAUUUAAUAUUCAAUGUUCCUCUGCAGACAUUCCGUCAAUCGCCCCCAGUUUGGAAUCGAAAUAUUUUGAACAAUUUGGAUUUGGAGAAACGUGUUGCACGCGGAGGCGAAACAGUGCAUUUUUUGAAUUUCGCCUCGGAGGAGAAACUCAGCUGCAACAUCGCCUUAGAUUCCCGUGGAAUUUUACAAAUCGAUUCUGAUUAUCGAAGCUGCUACAUUUAUAAAUUUCAUAAAAACUUUAAAUUCUAA